AUAAAAACUCCUGUGUCAAACUAAACACUCUUUUUAGACAACCAGAGAAGUGCUGGGUGUGCAAGCAGAGACCACUCCGAGCCUGAGGAUGAAGAUUGCUGUGAUUGGUCAGAGUCAGUUUGGUCAAGAGGUUUACAAGGAGCUGAGAAGUGAGGGCCAUACCAUUGUUGGAAUAUUCACCAUACCCGACAAGGAUGGCAAGGCUGACCCACUGGCUACAGAGGCAGAAAAGGAUGGCGUCACCGUGUUCAAGUUUCCUCGCUGGCGUGUGAAGGGCCAGGCCAUACCCGAGGUUGUGGCUCAAUACAAAGCCACAGGUGCUGAACUGAACGUCAUGCCCUUCUGCUCUCAGUUCAUUCCCAUGGAGGUUAUUGACCAUCCCAAACAUGGCUCCAUCAUCUACCACCCCUCACUACUGCCUCGCCAUAGGGGAGCCUCGGCUAUAAACUGGACAUUGAUCCACGGUGACAAAAAGGGUGGAUUCACUGUGUUCUGGGCUGAUGAUGGACUUGACACAGGACCAAUUCUGCUACAGAGGGAGUGUGAUGUUGAAGCUAAUGACACUGUCAACACAAUCUACAAAAGAUUUCUAUUCCCAGAAGGAGUCAGAGGCACGGUAGAAGCAGUCAGGUUGAUUGCAGAGGGGAGGGCUCCACGAAUCACACAGCCACAGGAAGGAGCCACGUACGAGGGCAUCCAGAAAAAAGAAAAUGCCAAGAUCAACUGGAACCAAUCUGCUGAAGCUCUCCACAACUGGAUCAGAGGAAAUGACAAGGUUCCCGGUGCCUGGGCAGAAAUUGAUGGACAGAAGGUGACUUUCUAUGGCUCCACACUGGUGGAUAAUGGCACCAGUGGGAAUGGAAAGCCACUGGAGAUCCUUGGAGCGAGUCGACCUGGCAUUGUCAUGAAAGAAGGCCUCAUACUCUUUGGCAAUGACAGUAAGGCACUGUUGGUCAAGAAUUUGCAGUUUGAGGACGGGAAGAUGAUAUCUGCCUCACAGUACUUUUGCUCAGGAAGCAAAGCAGCUGUGGAGCUAACGGAGGAGGAAAAAAACUUUGCUGAUCAGAUCAAGUCAGUGUGGCACAGCAUUCUGACCAAUGUCAGUCAGAUUGAAGACUCCACUGAUUUCUUCAAGUCAGGAGCUGCCUCCAUGGAUGUGGUCAGGCUUGUAGAGGAAGUGAAACUGUGUGCAAGUACAUGCCAAUUACAAAAUGAGGACGUCUACAUGAACACCACCUUCCAGGAUUUUAUCCAGAUGUGUGUCAGAAAGCUACGAGGGGAGGACAAUGAAGAGGAAUUGGUCAUUGACUAUGUGGAGAAAAAAAUCAACAACAUGACUGUUAAAAUGCCUCAUCAGCUAUUUAUCAAUGGAGAGUUUGUUGAUGCGGAGGGAGGACAAAUUUACAAGACCAUAAACCCAACUGAUGGUUCAGUCAUCUGUGAUGUGUCCCUGGCGCAGAUAGGCGAUGUGGACAAGGCUGUUGCUGCUGCUAAGGAAGCAUUUGAAGAGGGGGAGUGGGGGAAAAUGAAUCCUAGAGACAGAGGAAGAGUCAUCUACAAACUGGCUGAUCUGAUGGAGCAGCAUCAGGAGGAGCUGGCCACCAUUGAAUCCAUGGACUCUGGAGCUGUUUACACUCUUGCUCUCAAGACUCAUGUGGGCAUGUCAAUACAGACCUUCCGCUACUUUGCUGGCUGGUGUGACAAGAUUCAGGGCAGCACCAUCCCAAUCAACCAAGCAAGACCCAACCGCAACCUCACCUUCACCAAGAAAGAACCAAUAGGAGUAUGUGCCAUUGUGAUUCCUUGGAAUUACCCUCUGAUGAUGCUGGCUUGGAAGACGGCAGCAUGUCUAUCAGCCGGCAAUACAGUUGUCCUAAAACCUGCACAGGUGACUCCACUUACAGCUCUGAAGUUUGCAGAGUUGGCAGCAAAAGCAGGAUUGCCUAAAGGGGUGAUUAAUAUUCUACCUGGAUCAGGCACUCUCGUGGGUCAGUGCCUUUCUGACCAUCCUGACGUCCGAAAACUGGGGUUCACGGGUUCCACAGAAGUUGGGAAACACAUCAUGAAAAGCUGUGCAAUCAGUAAUGUUAAAAAAGUGUCAUUGGAGCUCGGAGGAAAAUCCCCUCUCAUCAUCUUCAGUGACUGUGACAUGGAGAAGGCUUUGCGCAUGGGCAUGAGUUCAGUGUUUUUCAACAAGGGAGAAAACUGUAUAGCUGCUGGGAGACUGUUUGUGGAAGACACUAUACAUGACCAGUUCGUGAAGAAAGUGGUUGAAGAGAUUCAGAAAAUAAAGAUUGGUGAUCCACUGGACCGCUCCACAGAUCAUGGCCCUCAAAACCACAAAGCCCAUUUAGACAAAUUGGUGAAGUUUUGUCAGACUGGUGUCAAAGAGGGAGCCACCCUGGUCUAUGGUGGCAAACAGAUAGAGAGGCCAGGUUUCUUCUUUGAACCUACUGUAUUCACCGACGUGCAAGACCACAUGUAUAUCGCUCAAGAGGAGUCGUUUGGGCCUGUCAUGAUCAUUUCUAAAUUUAAGAGCGGUGACGUCGAUGAUGUCCUGAGAAGAGCGAACACUACAGAGUAUGGCCUUGCCUCAGGUGUUUUUACACGGGACAUUAACAAAGCUCUGUAUGUCAGCGAAAAACUCAAUGCUGGUACAGUCUUUGUCAACACCUACAAUAAAACAGAUGUGGCUUCACCGUUUGGAGGCUUCAAACAGUCUGGCUUUGGUAAAGACCUGGGCCAAGAGGCACUCAGUGAAUACCUGAAGACUAAGGCGGUGACCAUUGAGUACUGAUGCUGAGCCAAUGUGUCCAGUUUUCUACUGAUUUUGAUAUUGUGUUGUGUCUGUUGAACACAUUGUCUUUCACUCAUUUUACUAAUAUGCCUUGUUUUAGUACUCUUUCAAUGAUGGCCUUGGAUGAGUGAUUGAGUUGAUUGGACAUGAAAACAUAGAUUGCUUUGAAUAUGUCUUACAUCAUGUCACGACGAUUUUAAUAUGUGUAUCAGAUCUACAGUGCAAUGAACCUUCUUAUUCACAUUGAGUGAAAAUACUUGCAUUGCUACAGUAUUUGGUACAUAAGACAGUUUGAAAUUUUUGUUCAGACAUUAGCAAGCAUCAUCCAAGUUGACGUGACUGAUUCGUGACUGAUUUGCUUUCGCGGUCCACAGAAAAUUAUGUAACGGCCCCCGGGCAUUGAAGUUUACACCUGUGUUAUAGAGGAUGAAUUUUUCAACAAUGGGUAUUGGUAAUAGCUUUUAUCUGUAAAUGGCACCUCAAUGGUGGAAUGGAAUACACCAUCAAUUUUGUUGAGUCGACAGUUUUUUUCAUUCACAAAAGAUUUCACAAUUGAUGUCUGCAUUGCCCAGACAGACAACAUUUGGCAUUCAUUUUUCAAAAUAAAUCAGAGAAUUUUAUACAUCCUCA